AUGUUUAAUACACAGCAGGAGCCGUUCAACCUCCUCAUGGAUCUACAGGCGUCUGAACGGAAGCACAUCAAUGUGACAGAGCCCCUCAAUGGCAGCUUUCCUCGGCAGCUGGACCUUGACCUGUACCUAGGUGUUUACGCAGGAAGAAUCCUCAGCAGGUUCUUGAAAGACAUCAGUUACCUGGACUCUUUGCUCUCAUGGACAUUUGUGGACUUUAUCCAGGACCCAGUUCUCUUCACAGGCACCAUGAGGGAGAAUCUGGACCCUUUCAGGCAGCACACAGAUGAGGACCUGUGGAAUGCACUCCAAGAGGUGCAGAUGAAGGCCGUGGUAGAGGAGCUGCCCAAUAAGCUGGAGACAGUACUGACUGAAUCAAGCUCAAACUUCAGCAUGGUUCAGAGGCAGCUGGUGUGCCUGGCCGGGGCCAUCCUCCGGAAAAACUGCAUCCUCAUCAUUGAUGAGGCUACAGCUAAUGUGAACCCAAGAGCUGACAGCCUCAUCCAGCAGACUAUCUGGGACAAGUUUCAGAAUUGUACGGCCCUCACCAUUGCUCUCAGCCUCAACACUAUCAUUGACUGUGACAGAAUACUGGUUCUGGAUGCCGGUAGGAUCCAGGAGUAUGACAAGCCAUAUGCACGGCUCCAGAACCACAAUGGUUUUUUUUUUUACCAGAUGGUCCAAUAGACAGGCAAAGCCGAGGCUACCUCACCGCUGCACACAGCCAAACAGGUAACCACACCCACCAUUGUCCUAGCAUGGGGCUGUCACUAAAUAGAGUCCAGCAGUGGCAUGCUAA